UCCUAUCAUGCCCAUCGUUGCUUUGGUCAAGACGGCCCAAAGUGGAGUGAAACGCAGGAGCAGAGACAUCGAGUCACAGAGAGAGGAUGGGAAAUUGUCUCCCACGAGAACUCAGGCAGGAAAUGACUACAUUUGAGAGAGAAAAUCAAGAUGGAGAUAAGAAAAGCAAAGAAGUUCCAUCCACUUCUGAUCAGGGUAAUGAGAAAGGCCGCGGCUCUGAAGAAGUGUGCUACUCCAUCAUCAAUCACAGUCCCUACCGGAGGGCCUCCCUGAGCUCCAACGAAGAUGGCUAUGAGAACAUCGACCCCAUCACAAAGAGAGUGAGACCAUUCACAGAUGGGUCCGAAACUGAAUACACCCUUCUGAGGACGACGUACCUCACGAGACCCUCUUCCUGCACCCCCGAGAAUGAUUAUGAAGUCGUGCUUCCUCGCCAGGGCCCUCACACCUCAUCGUCUUCCAGCAACAAACAUGAUACAGAAUAGUCACCUUCAGGGGAGUCUUCCUCUCAGCAUUCACAAAACAUUCAUUUCUGGCCAGAAUUUAGAAAUAGUAUCCUUCUGCUAUAUUGCCUGGGGAAACUCUGAAACAUGGCGUCUCUGUGGUAUCAGCUGAAAUAAUGACAAAGUAUUCUACAUCUGUUUGUUUGUAAGAUUUGAGGAUAUGGAGAUGGUGUGGAAACCUUCCUAGGACAAUAAGCAUCCACAGAUAUAUAACCUAGAAUGUCCAAUUCCAUCCCUGCUCUCCAAAUUUCAAAUGCCAACAUUCCCACUCCUAACUAUCUAUUUCAUUGUCAAGGUGUAAUCUACUCAAUAAAGAUGAAUGGAUAAAGUUGUGGUGUAU